CUAUACUUCGGCCCAGUAGGUCUUGUCUCUUUAUGACUUUUAUUCUACUUCAAAAUUCACAAGCAUUUCGUUUUUCCAAAUCCUGCACUCCCGACCAUGGCAAUUCUACCAGUCUUCAACAUUCGCUCUAUUCGACCGAAUUCUCUCCAGGGUCUGGAAUUCUUAUACGUUCCAUUGCAUUAUAGUGUGCACGUUACUUCGACUAUAAUUUCGACCAUCGGUAACUUCUUGUACCGCCUUUGGUCGCCACCCUUGAGGAGAAGUUGUUGAUCUCAAAGUUCGAAGCGCGAUUCAUGCUGCAUUUUGUAAGAAUGUUAUUUCUAAACCGACCCCACAGUGCCACAGUUGCAGAAAAGCCUUAGCAAAGGAGAGGUUAAGGAGGUUAAAGCAGACGCGGAUGCAGCAGAUGAAGAAGAUGUUAGCCCAAGCGAAUGCAGAAGUAAAGUACGAAGACGACAAGGGUCCAUGACCAGGACCAGUCUGGACUUGAGGCGCUGCCAUGGAUCGGGAGGAGGUCGAGGAGAAGCAGGGCGAUGGGAAUUUGAGAAGGGGCAGCAUCAUCAGCAACAGCAACAUAAACAAAACGACCAUCAGAGCCGCAGGAACGGAAGAACCAUGCACUCAGCGAAACCAAACCAAUGUUUGAAUAUCUAAAUAAGGAGGGAAGUUGAACAUUUUAAAAAAUUAUUAAUAUUUUGUAAAGAAAUGCCAUAUCAAAGAUUUUAUAAAAUGCAAUUAUGCAAA